AUGCGCGUCUUCUCACGUUGGCAGCGAGCUCUUGGAAGACGCAAGGUGUUGGCAUGGCAGUACAAGCCGUUGACAUGCAGAAGAUGGACCGGCAGUCAAGUGGCAGUCGGCUCCCCGGAUGUUCGCUGGCUAGAUGGACCGCCUGCGACCAACAAUCGCAAGCCGUUGCCGGUGCGGCUUAACACUUUGGAAGGGCCUGCGUCGCAGUUUGUCAAGCUUCAGGCCGCGCUUCGCGAGAGACAGCGGGAGGAAAGAGCGAGCCACGCCUUGGAAGAUGUCCACCAACAGCUAGCAAGCGUCGGCAUUCUUCAGGCGGAUCGGCUGCAAGACAAGAUUGGCUCCUACCUUGCCGGUACUGACAUCCAGGUCAUAGAAGACUUGGACGAGCACCUGCUCGCCGUGCAUGGUAUCCUGAUGGAGGAUCUACCUGCAGAGAGGCUGCAGCAAUUUCUGGAAGAUCCGUCGAUCUUCGACAAAGACUCCGAAACAUUGGAAGAGAUCCGGAAGCAGCUUUAUGGCCGCGGCCGCAUGCCCAUCCUCACAGCAGAGGCUCAGGUGGAAGCUUGUGUUCAUCAUGAGCUCUCGUGGAGGCGUCGGGAGUUUGCAAUCGAGCAUCUCGCGGAAACAGCAGCUCUUCGAGAGUUUCUUGAAGAACAGAAGGUUCACGCAGAUGCGGGACGUGGAGCAUUGACUGGAGGUACAAAGCGCCUAUGGAUGCCUUGGGUCGAAGCCAUGGCCAACGUCCUCUCAGACCGAGAAGCUGUGCAGCGUACAGGAGCAGGAUCGAAGACCUUCAUCACUCUGACCAGGUUAGGACUGGAGCCAGAGCUCCUGGCCAUCAUCACUUGCCAGAACGUCUUGAACUUGCUCAUGUUGCCGUGCUUUCGGAACAAGGAUGAAAUGCAAGAAAAUGCUCGCCAGAAUCGAUUUGGAGAAGUUCCUUUCGCAACAGCGGCUACGAGAGUUGGAGAGGCCGUUGAAGACGAGCUAAUGUGGCAGCGCAUUGCCGCCCAUGAAAGUGGCCACGGCACCAAGUCUGAAGGAGCCAUGAAACCGCAGCUGUUGGAAAUGCGCAGGCUUAGACAGGCAUUCCGCGACCGCACUAAGUCGGUGCCUAUUGGCGCAGCACUGGUGGACUUGCUGAUCGAUUGCUCGGCGCUGCGCGUGCCUGCGAUGCACAUCGACAGCAAGGUCGUUGCCGAUGGGCUGCUGCCGGACGUAGCGCCAAGGGAGGAGCUUCUGGAGAAGGCCUUGGUAUAUGGCAAGCGAUGGGAAACGCGCAGAAAGGUCGUGGGAUAUCUGUCGCUACACCCACUGGCCCGGGCGAAAAUGGAGUCGGAGGGUGACAUGCUACAUUUCAUCAAGCCGAAGAUGCAGCCGAUGGUAAUUCCUCCGUUGCCUUGGCAGCCAUGUGGAGACUCUCCUCAAGGUCCCUACAUCUUACACAAGUCGGCUUUCGUGCGAACUACCUCCGAGCAGAUGACGCAGCUCAGAUCCUACAGUGCGUCGCGCAGCGCCGCAACUAUGGACUUCCUGGGAAGAGUACCUUGGAGAAUCAAUGGACGCAUACUCGCCUUGAUCAGGGAGGCCCAGCAGCGCGACUUGGCCAUUGCAGGAAUCCCUCCCAACGCGGACCCACCAGUCCCACCUGUUCCAGAUCAAAGCGACCCGGACUAUCAGGUUCUGCGUCUCAGGCGUCUCAAUGCCGAAAAGCGAUGCCGCGAACUCCGAUCGGAGAGGCCAACGUUCGAGUUAAAGCUGCGGAGUGCAGAAGAUUUCGUCAACGCGGAGAAGCUCUACUUUCCACACAACGUGGACUUUCGAGGGCGCUGCUAUCCUCUGCCGCCGCACCUGAAUCACAUGGGGGACGAUGUCAGCCGCGCAUUGCUGAUGUUCUCGGAUUCCAAGCCUUUGGGGAGCGAAGGUCUUUUCUGGUCGAAGGUAGGCAUAGCCAACCUGCAUGGCAAGAACAAGAUCUCGCUCGAAGACCGGGUGAGAUGGGUUGACAACCGCAAAGACAUCAUCAUGCAGGUUGCCGAAAAUCCGUUGAGCCCAGAAAGCAUCGAGCACUGGGCUGAUGCAGAUGAUGGGCCGUGGCAGGUUCUGGCUCGCUACUUGGAGCUCGCCGAAGUCUACAGACGGCCAGGGUCUGAAGAGGAGUUCAGAAGCCACCUGCCAGUGCACGUCGACGGGUCCUGCAACGGUCUUCAGCACUAUGCAGCAUUGGGGCGUGAUCUCGCAGGUGGGGAGGCUGUGAACUUGACGCCAAACGACAAGCCCCAGGACGUGUACACAGUUGUGUUGAAGAUUGUCAUAGACAAGGUCAACGCCGAUGCUGCAUUGCCCGUCCAUGUCCAGACAGAAGCCGAAGAAGGCCGUCCUCUGAGCCACGACAAGGGACGCCUUGCUCGAAGGCUUCUGGAACUCGGCAUACUGCAGCGCAAGGUUGUGAAGCAAACCAUCAUGACCAUCUGCUACGGUGUCACGGCUGAUAGACGGUAUUCGUCUGUAGUCCUCGCCAUGUCAACCAUAGAUGAUGCCGCUGGGCUGCUGCGGGAUGCGGAGUGGCACAUAGAUGAAGAGGAGAGCCAGCUGGCAGAGCAGAAGGCGCAGAAGGCGUUAAGCACCCUCCGAGAAAACUCCCAGGAUUCACCAGGUCCUGCAGAUGCUGUCCGGAUGCUGGCCUUGGCUUGUUCAGCCAGAGGCGACCGCAAAGCUGGCCUCGGUUUGUUGGCACAAGAGCUUUCUCGAGAUGGUUGCAGCCAUCGGCAGAGAGCUGUUCUGCGUUUGGCCUUCGCGGAGAUUGCCAAUUCACGUUGUGGCAGCAAGCGCCGAGAAGAGGCGCUGGAGGCAGCUCUGGAGGCUGUGAAGACCUUCAGAGAGCUGGGAGAGCCGCGGCUCGAGGCGGGGGAGCGCAUUAGAUCGGCAGAGCAAGCAUGUAUGGCAAUCAAGAUGCGCAGCAGCUGUGUUGCGCUCUGGCAGGGAUGGGCAUUGAUUGCAUUAGCUCACACCCAUGUCCAGAAAGGCACGAAAAGCGAAGUGCCUGAAGAGUUAACGAAAGCUCUGGAAGCAGCGGCGCAAGCGCAAGUUGUUCUCCGAGAGGUUGGUGACAGAGUAGGUGAAGGAAAGGCCAUGCACACCACAGCCGUCGCCCUUUCCUUUCAGAACAACAUUGACGAGGCAGUUGCCAGAUCUAGAGAGCUGGUGUCAUACUGGCGUGACCUUGGCUACACGCGCCUGGAGGCAUUCCAGCAGGAGUGUGUGAGUGAGUGGGAGCUGGUGCGUCACAGGCCGGAGGAGGCACUCGAAGCCGCUCAAGCUGCCCUAGAGCAAAAAAUGCAGAGGGAAGCCCAGCGACAAGCCCAAGUGGACCCCGUUCCUGCCAGAUCUGCAGCAGCGCUUAUCCAUGCCUCAAAUGCAUACCUUACGAUGGGAAAGACUGAUGAAGCCCUAAAGCUGUCUCAAGAGCGACUGGAGACAUUUCGACGGAACAGAGAUUUCGAGAGCGAGAUCGUCGCGCAGUCCUCCAUCGUCUCUGUGUACGUGAACUCUGGGCGAUUGCGGCAAGCUGCGGAGGUGGCUGAGGAGACGCUGCGCAAAGUCCAAAGUCGACCGUCUUCCAGGCUCUUGAAAUGCUGGGAGAUCGAUUUGCUGCAGACGCUGGCCAAGAUCUACCUGAGGGCAGAGGAUGUGGAGAACACAGAAAAGAUCGUCGACCAGACGAUUGCAGUUGCCAGCGAGCAGAAGGACCGGAAGUCCCUGGCCGCGGCCUACUUGCUUCAGAGCGAGCUGGCCCUGCUGAGAAAGGAAAACCGCCUUGGACUGAAAGCGGCGAUGAGAUCCCGGGACUUGUCCAGGAAGACGCAAACCAAGAAAGGAGAGGCCUCUGCCCUGCUGCAGCUCUGCUCUGCCUACUGUGCCCGAGGCGAGCUCAAGCGAGGUGCGGCAGUGACCGUAGAGUCGCAGCGAAUCUUCAACUCCGUGGGCGACCGCGAAGGUGAGGCAGAUGCACUGCGAAUGCAGGCAGAAGUUCGCCUUGAUUUGAAUGACUUUCCCCGCGCCAUUGCAGCCGCCAGAAGGUGUCGGGAACUGCAGCGAGAGAUGGGUGACCGGAAAAGUGAAGCAUGGGCAUGUGUACAACUGGCGCAGACCCUCCUGUCAGCUGCAUCAGACGAAGAGAAGCAGGAGUUAGAUCUUCGAGCAAAGGCAAAAGAAGAAAAGGCCCGAAGUGAAGGAAAGGUGCUGGAAUCUGCUGAUGGGACUGGCACCAGACAGGAUUGGUUUCAAGGAGACGACGAGGACGACAACCAGGAGAGACCAGCCAAAGCAGCUUUCGAACGGGCUCUUCAAGCUGCCAAGGAUGCUCUUCAACUGUCGCGACCGCAAGAGGACGAGCAGCUGCUGUCGCGAGCGCUGUUGUCGCUUGCCACGGCUCAGAUGAUGUGCUUAGAAGCAGACGCAGCAGCGAAGUCCAUCGAAGAGGGGCUUCCGGUGGCACAGACCGUUGCCGACGCCUCUGCCGAAGCGCACUUCCUCCUCGUGAAAUCGCAGCUCGCCGAGUUCAAUGGUGCCAAGUCUCAUCCCGAGGCAAAGCAGCUGGCCAACGAGGCUCUGCAGCUCUUCACGACGCAGAGAGACGAAUCUGGGGAAGCUGCGGCACAAGCAAUCCUGAAGCGACUCACGCCGAAGACAAUCGGUGUGAGACCCACAGAUACGGGCGGACCGCGCUACUAUGCUGCUGAGGGUGAUGACGAGAUGGAGGAAUAUUGGGAAGAGGAGGUGAUCGAGGAAGGUGGUGGCGGUGGUGGUCCUGUGGAGAUUCAACCCUACAGUGGGCCCAACUCGAGCGAAAUUGUGGCUACUGUCAGUGAUGUGGCACUAAGUCUGAUAGGUGUCGAGACUCUCGAUGCAGACGAACCGCUUAUGGAUGCAGGCCUUGACAGCUUAGCUGCCGUGGAGUUUGGCAACACACUAGCCAAAGAGUUCUCCGGUGUGGCCUUGCCAUCGACUCUUAUGUUCGAUUUUCCUUCCGUCAAACUGCUCUCGGGCUUCAUUGAUGCUAGCAUGCGUGAAGCGCACGACAAGAGUGAGGCCCAGCGGGCGCAGAGCGCUGCAGCAGGAGGAGGAGGGGGAGGCGGGCAGAGGAGGACACGGAUGGUCAAAAAGUUUCGACCGAAGCCUGGUGGUGCCCGCCGCAAGCCAAUGUCCUUCAAUCAACAGGCGAUGCCUGUGCAGAUGGUCCCUUCCAUUCCACAGGCAGGCCAAGCAGGCCAAGCAGUCUCCCAGGCCGCGGAGGUGGGACCCUACAAAGGUCCCACGCUGGCGGAGAUUGAAGAAGUUGUCAAAGACACUGCUUUGUCUCUCAUCGGAGUUGAGUCAUUGGAUAACGACGAGCCGCUGAUGGAUGCAGGUCUAGACAGCCUGGCUGCAGUGGAAUUUGGUAAUGCAAUUCAGAAGGAUUUUGCUGGCUUAACCAUGCCGAAUACGCUCAUGUUCGACUAUCCCUCCGUUAAGCGAUUGACGGAGUUCAUCAAUGAAGGGUUGAUCGAAGCGCACGGGAAGUGA